GCUAGCUCCGUCGGCAACUCGCCCGUGGCCCUGUCUGUCGAUUUAUUGCCCCGGAUAUUCCCUGUAUGCAGAAGUUCCCUGCGAGGAGACUGUCGAACGCCAACCAUGGAAGGAGAACGAGAGGGGUUUCGAUAAGGUAUAAGAGUGGGCCUCUUCCAUCGAUCUCCUCGAACCUCCUUCAAAGAUCUCUUUUGGACCUCACUCUCCCUUUCUCCCCCCUCUUUAUCUUUCUUCACCGUCUUUUGAUUGAUCAAGAUGCAGUUCAUCACCGUCGCUUCUCUCGCCCUGGCCACCGUCUUUGGGUUCGCCGCUGCUCAGUCUGGCGUCCCCAGCGGCACCAGCUGCGGCGGCCACAAAUUCUCUUCCGAUGACAUCACCACCGCCAUCAACGCUGCUCUCGACGACUCCGCCUCGGGCAACUACCCUGACAACUACCCUCACAACUACGAGCACCGUGCUUCGGAGGACAUCCAACUCGUCUGCGGUGACGCUCCCUGGUCCGAGUUCCCUCUCGAGAACGGAUACGCAUACACGAGCAGCAGCAGCCACUACGUGAGCCCAGGCGCCUACAGAGUCAUCUACCAGACCAACACGGGCGACUACUGCGCCAGCGUGAUGCACGAGAACGGCUCGUCGGACUUCGUCCAGUGCGACGAUGAGUAGAUGCUGUCUCUCUUCGUCGUCUCUCCAUUCCCCUUUUUCUUCUAAAAAUAUUGGCGCGUCAGUAGUUCCGCCCAAUCUCAAUAUUUUUAUUUCUUC